UUGAUAUUUUAUUUGAUUAUAAACCACUCAAAAUGAUAAAAUAAUAAUUGAAGUAGCGCUGCUUAUUAACAAUUUAUCAACCAGCAUUAAAUGUAUCGAAUAUAUUUUUAUUAAAGCUGUUCAAAGUAUCAAUAAUCUGUAAUACAAAACAAUGAUGAUGAUUCGUACAUUCAUAAUAAAUGCAGUGCUCAUCUGGUUGACCGGCUAUUCCGAAUGUGCCGAUAAAAAAUAUGCACCGAUUAUUCAACUUGGAAAUUAUGGAAAAAUACGUGGAAUUGUUCAAAAUGAAGCGAUGGUAAAUUUUUCAACAAUCGGAAUGAACAUUUAUCUUUAUCAAGGUAUUCGUUAUGGUAAAGCCAGAAGAUUUGAUCGACCCAAACGUGUUGAUUCUUGGUCCGAUAUUUAUGAUGCUAUCGAAUAUCGUGAAGCUUGUCCACAAUCUGGACUUGAGUCUGAUAGUAUUUAUCGAGAUAUUUUAGACCAAACAAAAAAGAUGGGUGAAGAUUGUCUAUUUUUGAAUGUUUGGACAACUGAAAGAGCAAUGGAACUGGUUGACAAACCAGGCCAACGACGACCAGUAAUGGUUUUCAUACAUGGCGGUGCUUAUAAAUCGGGAACCAUUUUCAGUAAAAUCUAUGAUGGUGGAAUAUUUGCCGCUAAUGGUAAUAUGGUCGUUGUUAGCAUUGCAUAUAGACUUGGACCUUUCGGCUUUCUUUAUACGGGAGAUGAAUCAGAACAGGCAAAUGGUAAUCAAGGUUUAUACGAUCAAAUUCUUGCCUUACAAUGGAUUCAGGAGAAUAUUCAUUAUUUUGGUGGCGAUCCUAAUCAAGUAACCGUUUUCGGACAAUCUGCCGGUUCGUUUAGUGUUUCUCAUCUGAUAUUAUCACCAUUAGCAAAUGGUUUUUUCCAUCGAGCGAUUCUACAAUCAGGUUCAUCCAUUUCGGAUACAGCAUGCGCAAGUAAAUCCCAUGAACAAUCGAAAGCCAAGACAAUUGCUAAAAAAUUGAAUUGUAAUGAUAAUAUGACUACAAUAACCGAAUGUUUACGUGAAAAAUCCAUCGAAGAAUUAUUAUCCAUUCGUCUUGAUCAACAAUUAAUGGCAAUUUAUGGAGACGAAUUUCUUCCACUUCGGCCGGUUGAAGCAUUGAAAAAUGAUCAUUAUAACAUCAAUAAAGUAGAUCUCAUGUUUGGGGUUACUCGUGAUGAAGGUGAUUUCUAUGUACAAAAUUCAUUCAAUGGUCACCAUGAAGUGAGCUUAAAUUUGGUACAGGAAAAGAUUCGAAAACGUUUUACUGAUCAUCCAUAUGUUGAAGAUGUUGUACAUUUUUAUACGAAAAAUUUGAAUGAUUCGUCAACACUUGACGAAAAAAGGACUGCCUUAUCACAUGCAUAUGGUGAUUACCACAUAAUUUGUCCAACAAUUUUAUUUGGUAAAGAAUAUCAUCGUCGAUUUUCACAAGUAAAACAAUAUUCAUAUCGUUUGAUGGCACCGGUUAAAUCGAUAUUUUUUGGUGACAAAUGGAAUGGCGUCGGUCAUGCACAAGAUAUUUUCUAUAUGUUUGGCAUUCCAUAUCGUUUCACGCAGAAUAAAUCAUAUACACAACAAGAACGUGAUCUAAGUCGUGAUAUGAUCAAAGCAUGGAUUAAAUUUGCACAGGACGGUAUUCAAACAACAAUUGGAAAUACAAACAUUGAAUGGACUAAAGCUCUCGAUGGAUCAUCAUCAUCGGUUCAUUUCAUGGCUUUAAAUUCGGAAAAUUACCGAAUGAUUAGCGAUUAUUUCGAACCAAUAUGUGAUGACUUUUGGCGUUCGAAAGUUUUUGUUUAAACUAUGGAAAUUAUUUGUAAUUAAAUUAAAUUUUCUCAUUUAUUCAAUAAAAAAGAAAUCGAACUAUAAAUAAUGUAACGAUAUUUA